UCGUCUCUGAAUAAACAAAGCAAGCAUAGAAUGAGCAAGUAUUUGAACUUAAAAAUGACAAAAAACCUCGCUUUGUUUUGAGACAUGUUCCCAUGGUUGGUUCGAUUCAGUUCUCUUUCCAUGGAUUUAGAUGCGGAUUACCAACGAACUCUCUGAUUUUUUUUUUUUUUGUAAUCGAAAGUUUUGUCCUUUUUUUUUUUCCUUCGUUAGGGUUUUCUUUUUCAAAUUUGCCGAUAAAAUCGUGAAAAAUAUACCAAAAACCAAAAAAAAACUAGUGAAAAGAAACGAGUUCGAAGAAGAAGGCGAAUAUAGGGUUUAAAGGAGAGACACAAGCGAGUGAACGGUGGUGAUUACUGACUCGAUAAGGAACAGUGUUCUCAAUUGAUUGUAAAGUAAAAGAUGAACAAGAGUAGCAAUUCGGAAGGUGCUAAAGCAGAACAGAUCAUAUUCGAGUUCUUUGCCAAAAGCCUCCACAUAAUUCUCGAAUCAAGGACUCCUUUUAUGUCUUCGAGGAAUUUUAGUGGCGAGCAGAUGAUUUGUUCCCCUUCCUCAUCUUCUUCCUCUUCCUCAAGCGUGAGGCCUCGAGACAAAUGGUUCAAUUUAGCUCUCAGGGAAUGUCCUGCAGCCUUGGAGAGUUUCGAUAUCGGGCGCCGGAGCAGUCUCGAGCCUUUGGUUGUUGAUGUGGUUCUUGUGGCCAGGCCACUUGCUAGUGAUCAGAUGAACUUAUCAGGUAAAAGGGAGCUAAUCAGGAACUUUUCCGGGAAAGAGUAUCAGUCCGGGUGGAAUUCUGAUCAAGAUGAAUUGGGGUGUGAAACCAGGAACGAGCAGAUAAUUGAGAGAUGGGUGGUGCAAUAUGAUAAUAGGAAGAUUAGGGAAUCUGCUACUACUAGUGGUAGGAGGUCAAGCAGUAAUAAGCUGCAAGUGAUGUAUAAGAAAGCAACUCUGCUGCUGAGAUCUUUGUUUGUGAUGGUUAGGCUUUUACCUGCUUAUAAGAUUUUCCGGGAACUUAAUUCCUCUGGGCAGAUCUUCAAGUUCAAGCUUGUUCCUAGGGUCCCUACUAUUGUUGAGCCAUUCACUCGUAGAGAAGAGUCAGAGAUGCAGAAGUUUGCUUUUACACCGGUUGAUACUAUCUGUGGUAGACUUUGCUUGUCGGUGUUAUAUCGGUCUCUCUCAGAUGUCAGCUGCGAACAUUCAACUCCUAUGUCUCCAACAUUUAUAACCGAUUAUGUCGGAAGUCCUUUGGCUGAUCCGUUAAAGAGGUUCCCUUCUCUUCCUCUUUCAUAUGGUUCACCCCCGUUGAUGCCAUUUCAAAGGCGCCAUAGUUGGAGUUUUGAUCGCUUCAAAGCCUCUCCACCUUCAGUUUCUUGCUCACCGUCCCCUACACACUCGGAUUCACACGCAUUGGUUUCACAUCCUUGUUCUCGUCGCCUUCCUCCUCAUCCUUCUGAUAUACCCACUGGUCGUAGGAAGGAAAGCUGCAUAGAAGAGUAUUCUCCUUCUCAAGAUUUCUCCCCUCCUUGUUCUCCUUCAGCACCUAUACAUGCUGUCCCAAGAGGCAUCACACGUACUGAGAGUGCUCCUGUCAGAAUCCCAGCUCCUGCGUUCCAGUGCAAACAAAAUGUGGUGGCACCGUCUCCUCAUUUAAAAUUGUCGAGACACGCUUCUUUGAAGCUUGUGAGAAACUCUGGUCCUGUUGAACCUGGAGCAGCAUUGGAGAAGCUGUUUCUUUAUGGCAGAGAAGACUUUAAGAGAAAUUCUGGGGUGAGGUUAUCUUCCAACAGCUCACCGCGUAUAUCAUUUUCUCGGAGUUCCAGUAGAUCUUACCAAGAUGAUUUUGAUGAUAAUGAUUUCCCUUGCCCAUUUGAUGUUGAGUAUGAUGAUAUUAGCGAUCCUAGUAGCAGACCAGGCUCCUUCGACCAGAGAGGAGAUAUACAUGAACCACUCGAGUCAAGCGGGUACUUGCCAAAGAAGUCACAAGAUGCUGCAGUUGGUGCCCUUGUGAGUAUGCUGAAGAAAGCUCCACCUCUCAGACAAGAUGUCUCAGAACGUUCCAUACCUGAAAUUUGUUGGAACAACAACAACAACAAACCCGCACAGGCUCACGAGAUAGCAGCAGCGUCUAUCACAGCCUCAGGGCUUGCUCUGGCCUCAAAGACAACAGCUGAUGCCUUGGAAGAGUUAAGGUCUUACAAGGAAAUGAAGAAUGUGUUGCUUAGCCAAUCCACAAUGGCCCCUUCCUCGGUUGCUACUUCAGCCUUUGCUGUUUCAGAGUCUUGACCCUUUCUUUGGGUUUUCGGUUUGGUUUUGGUUACUCUCGAUGUUUUUCUUUGGGUUUGGGUUUGGGUUUGGUUUUGAUGUAUCUAUUAUAAAGCCCCUGAAGUUUGGAUGAUAUUGGUCGGUACCUUAUGUAAAUAAACUUACACCACAAAAAAAAAAAUGUAAAAUACCCCCCCCCCCCCAAAAAAUCCUAUGUAAAUUUAUCACAUACAUGUAUUAAUAUGAGAAUAUCU